AUCUUUAAAAAAAUCGAACGGUAGUUGAUGUGUUGUUUGUGAAAACUGCAAUUGAUAAACAAGAUAUCAGUCGAUACAGGGAAGGAAUCGGUUGCACAAUUGUCAAAAUGCUGCGGUCUCACUGCUCCGAACGGAGUGACAGUUCCUUUGAAAUCGAUUGAAGUUGAGGUGAACAUCAAAGGCUAUUUAGCUGAGGUGGUAACAAAGCUGCAGUACACAAAUGCAGAGGAAAAUCCGAUUGAAGCCUUGUUUACUUUUCCUGUUGAUGAUGGAAGUGCCGUCUAUCAGUUUGAGGCUGACAUUGAUGGGCGUCAUAUUGAAGCUGAAGUUCAGGAAAGAGAGCAGGCCAUUCUCACCUACAAAGAUGCAGUAGACAACGGUAUGACGGCCAUGUUGUUGAAGGAGGACACGACGAGUAGCGACACGUUCCAGUGCACGCUGGGAAAUCUUCCCCCAGGAAAAGACGCCGUCUUGAAGAUGUCGCUUGUGAAUGAACUUCCGCAGGAGGCUGACGGGAAACUACGGUUCACACUUCCAACUGUGCUAAAUCCUCGGUACUCACCAGAUGCAGGAGGAAGCGUAGCAGCAGAGGGAUCCACCUAUGUGCAACCUUGUGCAAUGCCGUAUAAGUUCAAGUUGAUGGCCAGCGUGGAGGGGUACCACAAGAUUAAAGCAGUUACCUCUGACAAAUUAUCUCUGAAAGUUGAAAUGGAACGUGAAGAAAAACUUGCAAAGGUUUCGCUGGGUGAGGAGUUCAAGUUUGACCAUGACCUGACUCUCUACAUCGAGUAUUCAGAGCCCUUCCAGCCGCAGGUGGUGUUUGAGAAUGGUGACAAAGACAGUGAGGGACUGUUGAAAGAAGACCUACUGAUGGUCAGUUUCCAUCCGGAUUUGAAACAAGUAUCCAUGUCAAACAGCGGUGAAUACAUCUUUAUUAUCGAUCGAUCUGGUAGUAUGAACGGAGACAGGAUCAAGAAUGCAAAAGAGGCUUUACUUCUCUUUCUGAAGAGUUUGCCCCCGUCCUGCCAUUUCAAUGUGGUCAGCUUUGGAAGCGAGUUCUCAUGCCUUUUUGAUAGGAGUGAACCCUACACUGAGAAAUCCCUGAAGAAGGCCCUGAUACUGCAAAAGACAAUGGAGGCUGACAUGGGUGGUACAGAGAUGUACAAACCACUUGAACACGUCCUCAAGGCCAAAGUUAAGAAACAGCCCAGAAAUGUGUUCCUUCUGACAGACGGUGAUGUUGGAAACAGCGAACACGGGAUUUCUCUGAUCAAGAGUCAUUGUAGCACAACCAGAGUGUUCGCACUUGGUAUUGGCGAAGGGUUGUCUACGUCCCUCGUGAAAGGCGUUGUGAGGGCAGGGAACGGGCUGGCUGAGUUCAUAGCAGAUGAUGCUCGCAUACAGCCCAAGGUUGUGUCCUUGUUGAAAUGUGCAAUGCAGCCAGCAGUGACCAACCUAGAGGUCACGUGGGACUUGCCCCCCGGUGUGUCUCUUGUUUCCAUACCAACUGAGCUCCCGGCUAUGCUGACUGUUGGCCAGAGACUGACAUUCUUUGCAUUGCUGAAAGGGGUAGAAAUGAAUACUGUAUAUGCUCCAAGUACCCUUUCCUUGAAAGGAUUACAAAACAAUAACCCCAUCACCUUUACAUUGACCUUCACCUUAUCUGAUGAUAAAAAGGUCAGUAAGUCUGCCCCUGUUAAUUGCCUGGCAACCAAAGUUCAGAUAAAGCAGCUGCAGGAUGCUGAAGCUGCUGUCCAAGAGGAGAUUGAAACUGACUGUCAGCUUCAGAGUGACAACACCAAUCAGAUUAACUACCUUUGCAUAUUGAGAUUGAGAAGACAGAUUGUUGACGUUAGUCGUCAUGGAAACAUUAUAUCUAAAUUUACAUCGUUUGUUGCUGUGGACACUGAGGGUGAGAAAGUUCAGGGUAAACUUGAACCAAGGUCCUGUCCUAUACCCACCGUUAGUGAGGAAUUUGUGAAGGGGUUUAAUGAAAGCCAGUCUGCUGAAUAUGGUUCUGGUGGAACACUAGUGGCGACGGCGAUGUGUUCUGCUGCAACAUUGAUGGCGAUUGAAAGCGACCUAAAGUUGAGGUGUAGUCUUAUAGACUAUCUUCGAAAUACGUCAAAACAGAAGAAAUCUUCUUCCCUCUUGAAGAGGCUCGGCUGUGGAUUGUUGAAAAGGUCAAAGAAACAAGCAUCUUCAUCAGCACCAAUGGAUUUCAGUGAUAAAUCACUGGAUGCAGUCAUGGCAGAUAAGACGUCCUCCAAUUCAGAUGUUGCAGUUGGAUCUGAUCAAAUGAUGCUGGAAGUGAUAACGUUGCAAGAGUUGGCUGGCAACUGGACAGUCUCUUCUCGGCUCACUGGGUUUCUUAAGAUCAGUAAUGAGCAACUAAAGUCUAAAGAGAUUAUUGCUGAUGGCACAGUGCUGUUAACGCUGGCCGUGAUUGCCUGGCUCAGAAAGCACUACGGGCACCGUCAAGAUGAGUGGGAGAUUAUUGAGACCAAAGCAGUCAUGUGGCUCGGCCAGCAGGGCUUGCAGAGACCAGUCGAGGAGCUGAUAACGCUGGUCACAGAGAAAAUGCUGACUGCUUGAAAUCAGAGACAAAAUAACAAUAUCAUACAAAAGUUAUGAUGUAACUUCUACUGAUUGAUUGAGAAGCUUACAACUCGGGUUGGACAGUAAAUUGUGGGCCAUUAUGGACACAUCAUAUGUUCAAUAUUCAACAUUUGGAGUUAAAAUACUUAGAAGUAGUACUAGUACUGGAUGUUGUAACUGAAUAGUGGAAUAAUUAUUUAAAAAUCACGAUAAAAACUGUAUUUGUAUUAGGGAGUUGAUGUUUUCCAUGAAUUUCUGUCCUUAAGUUGUCCUUAUUGAUUGUUUUUCUCUCAAAAUUUAUAUUUUCAUUGUAAUUUGGUUAAGGGUACUUACUAUCAUGCAUCUUUUUACGACCAUUGACCUCUGACAUAUUGGCAUGCAAGGUGUAUUUCAGACAUGCCAGUGACGGUUCUAGUGUAUUCUGAUGUUAUAACGUAAUACAUGUGCAACAAUUCCGUAUUGUUUAAUGGUAAAUCCUAAAGGCCGUAAGGGAAUAUGUCAAGCAUAUUCUAUUAAAAUUAUUAUGUUUCUCCUUGUCAAAAUCGUUAUUGUUCUCUAUACGUAUUUUUUUUAGAAAUGUCAUUUCAUUGAAUUUAGUUAUGAAAUUUCAUUUAACUUACUAAAAUAUAUACAUAAUAAUAUUGAUUUGGUUACCUACUAUAGUAUACUGAUACGUGACAAUACUUUAUUUAUAAUUAUAUGCAUUAAAGACGAUGUACUUGUGUAUAAGUCUUAAUAAACUGUCUGUUCUGUUCUAUGAACAAUGUUAGUUUGUUAGCGGAUAUGUUACUCCCAACUAGCUUAUCAAAUGUGUAAGUUAUAGUUAUUGAGCAGCAUAUUAUAUAUUCACUUACCAUAGUGUGUCAUUUAAUUACUUUUGAAACCUGUAACGUUUAGUACUGUUAUUUUUAUUUUAUUUACAAACUGUUAUUUCUAACAUUCAACUUUAAUAUAAUGAAAUUUAUUAUCUUUAUACUCGUCGUUUAUUUACAUUAUUAUUUGUAAUAAAUUCACAAUUUACUAUUAAUGCAUAUAUACAAAUGUAUCUAUUUUUGUUGGUUGUUCUUUAUUUUUCUGCAAUCAUGUGUUCAAUAAUUUUAGAAAUUCAUUUGAAAUGUGUGUGACAGUAACAUAUGUUUCAAGAAACGAAAUGUCUUUGAAAAUGUGUUCAACGUUUUCUUGUUCAUUUAAAGCAUUUUAAACAAAUUCAGUUUGGAGAUUAGCUUUGAUAAAUCCAAUGGAACAUGUAAAAUAACGGCAGGUGGUUGCAAGGAUAACUAUAUCUACUCAAUAUUUAACUAAGUUUGAAUCAGAUCUUCAUUAAACUUAGUGAUGAUUUUUAAGGGCAUAUAUUUUCAGCCAAGUACUCUUACCAGCCAGAAUGAGAUCGCCUGACGGUCAGUGUCACUGUUGUUAAAAAUAGAAAAACUUUGUCUGCUCAAUAACAUAAGUUUGCAUAGAGAUAUUGCAUUACAAUUAUGCAUUUAGUUGACGUACAUGGAGACUUGGGAUUGCAUUUGGGACAAGUUGUGUAAAGUUGAUGGUUGUUAAAAAAAGAAAAUCGACAAUCAUUUGGUUCACCAAUCUUAAUUAACUUUUGUAUACAGCAAGCUUGCAUGGACACGAAGAUGGUGAUUAUUAAUUUUAUUUUUUUUUUUGGGGGGGGGGGAGGCUUGUGGGUCAACAUCUUUUAUAUAAAAAAAUGGCUUUGUUAAUUAAAACAUACUUUUUUAGGCUCAAUUAAUUAAGUUUGUGAGAGGUAUUGCAUUGAACUUGUGUGUAGGUAGCUUUCUCUGCUGAUCUAGCACAGGGUUGUAUUUGGGACAAGUGAGGUCAAGGUCACUAUCACAAAAGAUAGAAAGAAAAAUAGUUUGUUUUUAAUUUCUUAAGUUGCAAGGAUGUCUUGAUUAAAAAAUGUGUGUGUAUAUAGCUUUCAUGCAAACCUUUUCAGAGAUUGCACACUUCUGUUAAUUAUAUGAGAUUUAUAAGUAUGGUGUCGAAAACCUGACAUGUUUCUUGUUGUCUUCGUUAUUUUCUGUGUCACCAUUUGUGCAAUAUAUCCUUUACAGAUGAAUGUAACCCAGACCCUUUAAAUGGCGUACUUUUUUGCAUGUUGACUCUUGUUCCCGUAAAUGUCUAAUUUACAAUAGUUGUUUGCAUUUAUUAUACAUUUACUUAUAUAUGCGCACUCACUAAUAGACAUUUUUCAUGUUUUUUUAGUUGUAUCUUUUUUAUCAGACUGCCAGUGCACAAAGUUCUCAUGGUGAGCUUUUGUGAUCGCUUUCUGUUUAAGGCCUGUUUUGGGUCAUGUGUUUUCAAGAUAUGCCUUUUGGUUUGUGGACAGUUGAAAGGUCACAUUUAUUUCAAAAUUUUGGUCAGAAUAUUUACCAAAUGAUAUCGCGGUUGAGUUCGAUACUAAGUAACGUGGAGUAGUAACUUUGUUAGUAAGUCAGGUUAAUCAACAAAUAUGUGAAAACUGUAGAAUCCAUAUUGUGUGCAAAAUGUUCAUAAAUCUUUAUUAAAAACAUGUGUCCCUAUGAUAUUCCUGCGAAAUUGUGUGGUGUGGUGUCAAAAAGGUCACAAGAGAAAAUUAAAGGAAAGGCUUGUGAAAACUCAAAAGGCCAAAUUUAUUGCCCAAUCUUUCGUUAUACUUUCUUUAGAACAUUUGUCCCAACGAUAUUCGGUCUAAUAAGAAACUAGAGCAUGUUGGGUCAAAACUAGGUCACUAAGCUAAUUUAUGGAAAAAAAACGUAUGAACUCAAACCUUCGUGAAACUUGGUCAGAAUAUAUGUCUUUUUGAUAUUCUUACCAAAUUUAAAAUUCGGUCACCUUAAGUAAAAAAAAUAGAUUGGUACUUCCAAUUUAAGAAAUAAUGUGUGAACCCUCUUAAGUUCAUUUUUUUUUCAAAUAUUCAUGAAACUUCAUGAACUUAUUUAUUCUAAUUAAGGCAAAAUAAAGUCAAAUAAAGUGCUAUUUCUUUCACUUCUUUCGGUAUUUAGUCAUCAAUUGAAAGAGGAUGGUUACACAUUUGAAUUUUAAAAGAUUAAUCAAAUAAACAUCGGGUUCAGUAUCAAAAUAGUUUUCCAAUGCAAACAAAACCUUAAUAGUUUAAAGCGAGAUUAUACGAUGUUUAUAUACAUCCAAAACAAAUUAUACACAUACAUAUACAUGCAAAAUGCAAAUUAUGGGGGUUCAAGUCGUAGCAAUAAAUGGUUUACUUUUGAAUGCUCUGAAAAAGAUCGACCUUUUAUAAUCAUUUAAAUUUAUAUAGAAAAAAUAAAACAGAUGGAUAUAGGUCGUUAUUAAUUAACAGUAGGACUGAAUAUUGUAUUAAGCAAGCUAAACUAAAAUAUGAUAAUAAUCAAACUAAAAAAUUGCUAGAGGCCAGGUUUAAAAAUGCCAAGUUUUAUUGGAAAAUGCUUAAACAGUCAGCUGGUUUACAAACAUCAAAUAUAACCAUGGAUGUAUUUGCGAAUUAUUUUAAAAGUAUCAACUUUCCAGAUAGCAUGUUUUUUUUCACCCGAUGAAGACGUUGUGCACUUUGUUGAAAGGUAUGAACAAAUGAGUUUAAUAUUAUGUUUGAGGAAUUAAAUAUUCCCAUAUCAAUACAAGAAAUUAACAUGGCAAUUUCCGAAAUACCCCCGAACAAGAGUGCAGGCACUGAUUUAUAUUUAAAUGAAUUUUUUAUACACGGAAAAAGUAUACUUACGCCGUAUUUACACGUGCUAUUUAAUAAAAUAUUUAUGUUAGGGUAUUUUCCUACGGCAUGGUCAGAUGGUGUCGUGAUUCCUUUAGACAAGAAAGGCAGUGUUAACGAUGUCAAUGAUUAUCGAGGUAUUACACUUCUCAGCACACUAUAAAAUUUAUUUACCAAAAUAUUAAAUAAUAGAUUAUCUGGUUGGGCAGAAAAUUACUAUGUAUAUAUAGAAGCACGGGCGGGAUUCAGGUCCCAAAUGAGCACAGUUGAUAAUAUUUUUGUUUUACAUGGACUCAUAUCUCACAUUUUAAAUAAUGGUUUAUAGAUUUUACUAAGGCAUUUGACUACCGGUACGUCGUAAGGGAUAAUUUAUGAUAUCAAUUGAUAAAGUUAUUCGUGUCCUAUUCUUGAUAUCAUGAGGUCGAUGUAUAAUGCGAUUAAGUCCAAAGUCAAACAUUGUAACGAAAUAAGUGAUAGUUACGAAUGCAUGCUUGGAGUGAGACAGGGUGAAUGUUUGUCCCCGAUUUUAUUUAUUUUCAAUGUAUUUAAAUGACUUAGAGUCAGAAUUUUACAUUAAAGGAAUAGAAGGUAUUGAUGUUAAUACUUUUAAAAUGUUCCUUUUACUUUAUGCUGAUGAUAUGAUUAUUUUCGGUAACACAGCAGAAGAAUUACAAAAAGGAUUAGAUGUACUUCAAUAUUAUUGUCAGCGCUGGAAACUUACUGUAAACACUGAAAAAAAAAUCAUGAUUGUCAGAAAAGGUGGGCGACAAACUUCUAAACAUGUUUACUAUAACGGUCAACGGGUUGCUAUUGAAAAUAAGUUUAAUUAUCUCGGUAUCGUUUUUACACCUGGAGGUUCCUUUUCGGAAGCACAAACUACGCUUUCAGGACAAGCAUUAAAAGCAAUUUUCAAAAUGAAUAAAUCUUUACAUAAAUUUACUGACCUUUCUGUGAGUCACAGAUUGAAUCUUUUUGAUAGACUUAUAAUGCCAAUUUCGAACUACGGCAGUGAAGUUUGGGGCUUUUCUAGAGGUAUGUCUAUUGAACGUGUUCACAUGCAAUUUUGUUAACAAAUCCUUGGUGUAAAACGAUGUACGCAAAAUGAUUUUGUAUAUGGCGAACUUGGUCGUCUUAAUUGUCAAUCUGCUAGAUAUGUUUACAUUAUUAAAUAUUGGAUCAAGUUAAUUAGAACAUCAGAAAAUAAGUUUACUAAAAAAGUCUACUUAAUGUUAGUUAAUGACUGUAAUGUUCAUCCUAAUAAAAUCAACUGGUAUUCACUACUUAAAGGCUUCCUUGGUAACUUAGGAUUUUACGAGGCAUGGUUGUUUCAGGAUGUUGGAAAUGACAAGAUGUUCAUCCCAAAUGUUAAACAAAGAAUAACGGAUAAUUUUAUUCAAAACUGGAAUGAGAGACUGGGCAACUCAAGCAGAGCCAAUUUAUAUAAAAACAUUGCCUUUUUUAAAUUACAGCCUUAUCUAGAUUUGUGAACAAUUAAAAAAUUUCGAAUUUGUUUUUCUAAACUGAGAUGCUCUUCGCAUAGAUUGCAUGUAGAAAGCGGUAGAUGGGCCAAACCUCCCGUUCCUAUAGGCGAAAGAAUAUGUCAUAUUUGUAACACAUUAGACGAUGAAUUUUACUUUGUUUUAGAGUAGUAGAAUAUAUUCAGAACUAAGAUCCCAGUAUAUACCAUUUUAUUACAUAAAUCGACCUAACGUAAUCAAAAUUAUUGAAUUACUAACAACUGAAAAUAAAACGUUGCUGCACAAAUUAUGCUGUUACAUUUAUAAAUCAUGUAUAGUAAGGGCUAGUAAUACAUAUGUACCCUGUUGAUAUAUGUUCAUGUUAAACGGACCUUUAAAAUUUACUGUAAACAACUGUUUUUGAAUGUAUUUGAUCAUUUGUCAUUAUAAUCUUGUAAUUGAAGGUUAUCUAACAUUAUCGUGCCUAUUGAUAAAUGUCCUAUACGACAAUAUGUUUGUUUGCUGUUAACUAAAUGUAACGAGUUGAAUUACAGCGUACAUGUACACGUAUUGUUCUAUAACUAUCAAGCAUGUACAAAGAAUGAAUUGUGUUAUUUGGUUAAGUAGAGAGUAUUGUUUUAUAUUAAGACAUAGUUUAUGUAAAAAAUAUUAAUAUAUGUAUUGUUGCAAUUGUACGUAUUAUUACUUUGUAUAAUCAUGAUUAUUUACUCUGUAAACACUGUACGCUUAAUUUGUCAACAUCUGGCUUUUGGCCUUCUGGAUGUUAUAUUCAAAUAAACUUGAACUUGAAA